AUGGGCCCGAAAGAGCGUGUUUCAAACUUGAGGGUCGUUUUUGUAUGCAGACUGUGGAGAAUGCCGCUACCUAACCUAGAUUCUUUGAAAAACAUCGCCGUCGGAAAAGAUAACGCAAAUAAACAACAAAUUGUGCAUAUUUUGAAGGGAAUCACGGAUCAGGAAGUCCCACCAAAGCAAAAACAUAUUCGUGGAAUUAUUUUAGCUACAUUUAGUGGAAAGUCUUCGUCGUUUUUUUAUGAGACUGCACUUAAACUCGCCAUAUACACCAAUCCUGUAGUCUGCUGGAAGUUUCUAUAUGUUAUCCAUAAAUUGUUCCGAGAUGGGCACCGUGAGUGCGUAAGUGACGGACUACGUCACGCAACCAGAGUUUCCCAGUUGCAGUCUGCUUGGAGUAAUCACGCGACAAAGUGUGGAUAUCCGAUCGUAGACUUUUGUCAACUGAUAACCCGUAAAAUCAGCCUACACAGAAAAUAUGGAGUAUUACCUGGAAGUCUGGAGCUAACUCCCAAUGAGCUGAAGAGUUGUCUUUCUGCACAAGUAGACCACUUAUUUCAAUUUAGUGUCGAUCUCAUGGAUAUGCUAGAAGAAACAUUGCGCUUCAAAGAUGUUGUGCUCCUUUCUUUGGAGGGUAUUCAAGCCGCUUCAUUCACUCCCUCUGGUCAAUGUAAACUUAUUCCACUCAUUCAAUGUAUUCAAGAUGCUGCAGCACUCUAUGAACUAAGCGUACAAGUCAUCUUUAAGUUACACGAGUUAUUAGGCAAUGGAACAAUGUCCGGUCACAGAGAACGCUUCAGAGAUCUCCAUAUUUCUGUCAAGAAAUUUUUUGAAAAUGUAUCCCACAUGCAAUAUUUCCGUUCAUUUGUUCACAUACCUUCAAUAUCCCAGAAUCCGCCGAAUUUUUGUGUUCAGUCAGAACUGAGUGAACAUACUACACUUAGAGUUACGAUGAAUGAAUCACAAUCAUUAUCUCCACCACUGCCACCAUCUUCACUGUUGUCAUCGACGGCAGUACUAGUGGAUGAACGGAACAGUCCACAUUCAGGUGAUGAAGAAGAUUCUUGUGAAUUAACCAUUGUACCUAAAGUUAUGUCACAAAUUCGUCCAACUAAAUUAUCAACUGAAAAACAGACACUAAUUAAAUUAGGUUCUGAAAAUACGGAUAUAAAUGAGAAGACGGUUAUGUUGUCAAAAGAAGUGAAAAUGGAUCCAAGUGUCAAUGAUAAACAUCACCAUAUUAAUAAUAAUAAUAGUAAUACUAUUGAUAAUAAUAAUUUGAAAAUGAAUUGGAACCCAUUUUUGGAUAAUUCAAUUCAAACAAAUAACCAUGUACUGUCACCUUAUCAUACUCAUGUAACGGAUGAAAAACAUGAAGUACUCAUUGAAGUGGAGUUGUUGAAGUCUGAAAUAGAAAGAUUAAAAGCAGAACAUCAUGAACAAUCUUAUUCACUUUUGAAUCGUAUACGAAUAUUAGAAGAUGAAAUCAAAGAACUUGUACAAUAUAAGUCUAAUCAUGAAGAGCAACAAGUGAACUAUGAGACGAAAUUAACUGAAAAAGUUUGUCAAGCUCAAAUGUUUAAAGAGAAAUUUCUAAAAUUAAAAGAAGUCUAUACUAAACUACGUGAAGAACACGUUGUUCUGUUGAAAAAUUAUGGCAAUGUUCAACAAAACUUACAACAAGAAACUCAAAAGAAUCAAGAUUUAGUAAAAACAAUUGAAGAUCUCCGUCACCACCAAAUGUCCUCAUCACUAGGUGAAGUUGAAUCGCUUGUUUCUGGAAGUCGAACUGAAGAAUCGAUCGAUCAAUGUUUAAAACUACAGUAUCAAUUGAAUACCUAUGAAUCAAAAUCGGAAUCUGUAAAUACUGAGAAAGAUCAACUUACUGUAGAGCUUUCAGAAAGUCAACAAUUAUUAAAGGAUUCUGAAAUGAAAAUUUCCAAAUUAACUAAUGAAUUGCAAGUUUUAAAUGAUCAACUUAACCAGGAGAAGUUAUUUGCAGUCAGGGGAAAUGAUACAUGCAACGGAAAUACUUUCACACAUAUUGUUGGUGAUGAUAAAGAUUGUAAGAAUGGCGAAUUAACAAUGCAUUUAGAUAAAUUUAAACAAACGCUUUUAACAAAUACCGUUGAGCAGGUAUUAUCUGUAUUACAAAGUAAUCAAACUAUUGGACAAUCACCUGAAUUUAUAGAAGUGUACAUACAUUGUUCUCCAACGUACUUUUUAAAUCAUUUAUCACAAGUUACUAACUAUUUUAAUUUAUUUGAAUCUGCAUUAACUGACUACUUGUCUGAUAAUGAAAAAGGAUUGAUUCAAACUUCAUAUUAUAUUGGUCAGCUAAACUCUCAGUUAUCAUUACUAUCUCUCUUCUCUAAAUCGAUACGUCAAUCAAAUGUUACAAGUGGUUCUUCAUGCAACUGUUUACAUAAUUUAGACUUAAUUCAAAGUGAAUUUACGGAAUUACUUAAUGUUCUGCUACAAAUCAACAGUAUUAAUCAGGAUCAUAUAAAUUAUAAUAACGAUAAACACAGUUAUUUCAAUCAAAUCAAAGAGCAUUUAUCUAAGAUUCAUAAUCAGUUAAAAUCUAUGUUUAUUGAAGUAACAAAUUUAUCGAACUCUCUGUCGAAUGAUUACAAUAAUCAUGACAUUAUGUCGUCGACUGAUGUGAUACAGAAAGAAAUGGAAACCACUUUUCAGGCUAUCACAGCUGCAGAACAGAAAUUCCAGGGAUUAAUUGAGGAAUCUAAAAAAAAUUCAAUCAACAAUGAAAAUCUUCAAGUGAAUUCACUUAUAUUAGAUUGUUGUUCUGAACUGUUACUUUGUGUUGGUGAUCUAGUGAAACAAUCUAAACUGAUUCAACAAGAGUUUGAAAAUUCGCCAACGUCCGUUGAGUUUUAUAAACCUUAUAAUCGUUGGACCAAGGGUCUUUUAUCGGCUGCUAAAUUUGUCGGUGCUAGUGCUAAUGUCAUGGUUGAAAUAGCUGAUUCCAUAGUUUGUGGAAAAGAUGUAAAAUUAGAACGCUUAAUUGUAAUUUCACAAGAGAUAGCUGCUAGUACAACUCAAUUGGUUUAUGCUACUCGUGUAAAAACUACUUCACAAUCUGAAAUGUUCAAUAAAUUACAGUUAACUAGUAAAGAAAUAUGCAAGUGUACUGGAAAUUUGAUUGCAUGUGUAAAAAAGGCAAUUGAAGCAAAACAUAUAGAAGGUAUGAUUUUUUGAGUUUUUUUUACAAAAUCUCACUUAUAUAUUACAUAACAGUUCCUGACAAUUCUACCAAGAAAAUUAGGUUAAAUGAGGAUACUACUGAAAACGGAUACUAAAAUUACAUUAGGUGUUCAGAUCAUCAGUGAUAGAUGGUUUGAUUUUCCAGUUUAAGGAAAUCUAAGCUUCUGAAUUAGUAAUAAAAUAAACAAUAAAUUAUUUCAAUAGUUGAGAGCAUGAGUCUGUUGAAGCUAGACCACCAUGUAAAACCUGGAAGCAAAUAAAUUAUCUAUAAAACUACAAUCAAACAAAUAAAUUGGGAAUUCUUAAAAUGUUUAUUUAUUUAUUUCAUAGAACCUUAGCAUUUGUAAAUGAAACGUGAUAUUUUUUUGGUGAAUCAAACUGAUUGAUAUAAAUUCUCUUAGUUAAUAUAUAGAUUGACAGAAUCUUUAAUGGUAUUGACCGAAUAAAUAUGUUUAAGAUUAUACGAUCACAAAUUUAAAUCAUCUGACAAGUUCAUAAAAUGCAUUAUGUAAUGAAUUUUCUGUUUUGUUCGGGAUUAAAAUUGCUCAAAAGUACAUACUGUCAACUUACAGAAUGUAAAAAUUGCAUUUCUUUUUGAUGACAUUUUGAGGGAUUGUAUGAAAAUAAGUUCACAAGCCAUCUUCCAUUUGUGAUUAUCUCACAAUAACGUUGGUGAUUAUACAACUUCUCCGGUUCUACUAGUCAUGAAUUCCUGUUAUUCAUAACGCUGAAUACAAAUAAUAACGGUGCAACUUGGUAAUCAGGUACCAUUUCUAGUUCACGACUUUAUUAAACAACUUUAUGUCAGUUAGGAUAGCCAGCUGAUCUACAUAGAACACAUUGUAAAAUCCCGAACUAAAAUUUAAAUGUCCUGUCCUUGAAUCAUUGAGUCACAAGUCUGUUGUCCCCUUGAAUUAAAUAUUAGAUGAGGUGAGAAAACAAAAGAUUUUUCAAAGUUGUAGAUACACAUUUUUGUAAGAUAGGAUUAGUGAAAAAUUUUAAAUACACGCGAUUCACAACUAAGUCAUCCCAACCAAUUAAAAUACUGAACUGAGAAACCACCUUUUAGGCUGAAUUCUUAUCAGGGCAACAAAUACUCAAGAGUCCCGAAUAUAAAAUUUCCUAUAGUUAGAUAUUUUAAUGUACACAUAGGGAAUAUUGCUUUUUAGAUGUUAUUUUAUAUUUUCUAUAAUACUGAAUACAUUUAAAAUAGUUUUCUUGAUAAAUUUAGAUAAGAAAAUGAAAAGACAACGUUUAUUAGAACUAUGUUGUAUAUUACCACAUAUAUUGUCUGUUGUCUGGUUUAAUUAACAGUCCACAGUUCUAGCUUUUUAAUAGUUCAACGAGACAGAAACAAGCAAACUGUUUAGGAAUCUCUAUCUACCAUUGAAAUGGUACUACAGCGUGUAUUAAUAGAUUAUCAGAAUGAUACGGAUAACAGAUAAGUAAGUGGGUUAAUCUAGCGUUAAUCUGUAUUUUAGUCAUUCAUUAUAGAUCACCUGUUUAUGUAUUUAACUUAUCAUAAAAGCUUGGCACAUUGUACCUGAAGAAUUCUUCGAUACAUAUUCGAUGUAUUGAUAUCAGAUAAGCGUAGGAUUUCAGAAACGAGAAGUUAAAUAAAUUAAUCAUCUAUGUAACCAGAAACUUGGGUUUCUUAUUAAUAUUGACUCUCAAUAAACGAAUGAAUAAUUAUUCUAGCCUUUAACCUAUUGAAGCAAAUUCUAAUUACUGAUGUAAUUCAUAAAAAUUAGUUUAUGAUAUGGUUUGAAUAAAUACUCAGUAUCCUACCUGCUGUAGUGAACGUAGACUUAGCAGGGGUGACAAAUAUAUUGUGUAAUUUAAAAUUACAGAGUGCCUUCGUAAAAUAUGCAAGCUAUACAUGAAGUACAUUAUUUGCACAUCUUGUUGGUUGUCCUUUACAUGCUUCAUGAUUCUUUCAAUUCUUUUGUUAUUACAAUUACUCUCUGUUAACAUUCCUAUUCUCUUCAAUUCAAUUUUCUCCAUCUUUCGCUGGCAGGCAUUCCAUUAAUGAUUGAUGUUACAUACUACUUAUAUCUGUUAACAUAGGUAGCAUAUACCAUACUAUUACUAUAAUUAUAGCAUAUACUCUAAACCCAUUUGCUUUCAGAUUACUGAUUCGAAAUUGUUUUCAUGUUAGAUUCGACUUUUUCCUGAAAUUUAAAUAAUCAUUCUUUUGUUGAUUCUAUUACCAUAUUCUGCUCAUACUGUUUAUUUUUCUUUUAAAAAUACUUUAGAACUUGAUUUUAGUAGCCUUACACUAACUCAAGCAAAACGUAUGGAAGUUGAAUUACAAGUGAAAAUUAUUGAAUUAGAAACAUCGUUAACAAAUGAACGACAACGUUUAGCUAAAUUAAGAAGAGAUAAUUAUCAGUUAUCAGCUGAAGUAGAGUUGAUCAAUGAGAGAUAAUGAAAAACUCCCAAUGAAAAUUUAACAAAUAAAGUAGUCUACAAAUCUACCUUCCAAAUUAAAUGUAAAUAGAUUUAUUUCAACAGCUUAUCUACCUACGUUAUUAUCAUUAAAAUUUGUUAUCUUACUACUAUUACCACUCCAGUAAUCAGUUAAUAAUGCAUACCUAAGUCUUUCAUUAUUCAAAAUAACUCCCCCCCAUUAUUGUGUGUAUCAACGGCACAAGGGAGAAAGACAUAAAACCGUAUAUUUAACUUUGUACUUGAUUUUCAUCAUUUUGUUAUUGUAUGAUCUCAUAUUGAUUAUAUUUAGUGAUAUGACAAUUUUCUUUCUGCCUAGAGAAUGGAAGAAUGCUUUUUCUCUCGACUUCGUCCCGUUCUUUUUUCUCUUCCUUUCUUCUAGAAAAAUAGAAUAAAUAAAUGACUUGCCAUACCUUUUUACUUAUCUAUUCAUAUUUGUUGUGCUCUUAUUCCUCAAGCUUAUUUGAAAAUACUGAUUUUUCACCCGUCGUAACACGUCUUGCGGGACUGCUGAACUUUCCCGGUUAUUUUACAGCAUGAUAAUAUCUAUUUGGAUCGACAAUAUAGUAUUGCGUGAUUCCUUUCUGAUUGAAUGCUUAUUAUUACCAUUAUUAUUAUGCUAAACAACGAUAUAAUUGCACUGACUAAAUUAUUUUAACAGCGCACCUUAUCUAUACUUUCAAUUAUGGAUAUGGAUAACUCGAAGAUUGGGAUUAGUAAUUAAAGAAUAUAUUUCCUAUGUUUUGGAUACUAAUUUCUCUGUAGUUAUAUUUGGAUAUUGAUUUUGAAACAAAGAUGGAUCUGGUUGUA